CACUUCCCUCCCUCCUUUAUUUUUCCUUCCUAUUUCGGCCAGAAUCACCACCUCUCGUAUCCUCAUUUCUCAUCACCAUGUCAAACCAAUCCCAAACCCUCACCAAUGAAGAACUUCAAGCCUCCAACGAUGCCCUGAAAGCUCAAGUGGAGUACUUAGCAAAACAAGUGGCUCAACUCACCAAAAUGAAGCUGAAGAUGAUGGACACCCCUGAAGAGAGUGAUGAAGAACAAGAGCUGGAAACACACCCUACGGGAGAUUCCAACACCAACACCGGAGGAAGCGUUCAUGAAAAAGGAACCACGGACUUCAAGGUUGACCUUUCGACAUUUGAAGGCAAGAACGACCCCGAUGAAUUUCUAGAGUGGCUCGAGACAGUUGAGCGUGUCUUUAAUUUCAAAGACGUGCCCGAAGACAAGAAAGUGAAGCUUGUUGCCCUUAAGCUUUGGAAAUAUGCAUCAACAUGGUGGACCAACACCUCCACCAAAAGAAGGCGUGAAGGCAAGGCUCCCGCAAGGCACUCGGACAGUGGAGGACUAUACCCGGGAGUUUGAAGAACUUUUGAUGAGGUGUGACCUCCAAGAAGAUGACUCACAAACGUUGGUCCGUUAUUUGUUUGGGCUUAACACACAAAUCGCCAACGUGGUGGAGUUACAAACCUACGACACCUUUGAAGAACUUUCCAAACUAGCUCUUAAGGUUGAGUCUCAACUUAAGAGAAGCAAAACCCCUUUUGGCCGUCCCCCUCCCUUCUCAAAAAACACACAAACUACACCCCGU